GCCUUUCUUUAGCACUGGGUCUGCUUCGUAUUAAUUGCCGCUUCUAUCUCUUCUCUCUCGCUCCUUUAAAACACAACAGUACAAUGGCUUUUUUUCAGAUGAGAACUCAUUAUUAUCAACUCUCUCAGCAGAAAUAAUAAUUUUUUUCUUCCCCUUACUUGAGCGUCUUGUUGUUUGUUUUCUUUAAAUUUGGUGAGCAUAGUUAAUUGUAAAGAAAGAGAGAAAGAAAAUGGGGUCGAGAGGAAGAAGGAAGCAGAGAUGGAGCGUGCAAGCACUGACGCCUCUGAUGGAAGGGCCGGAUCUUGAAAUGCAAGAUCAUGAAGGAACCAAGAAGGAAAGCUCUUGGGAUGUCAUUCGGGAAUGGUUUCGAUUACACAAGAACAACCAGAAUAUCCCCGGAGGAGGAGGAGGAAGCAUUUACAAUAAUAACGGCUUUUCGAUGUUGUACAACGGGACCAAUAUUCCGGCCAGGAGGCAAGAUUUAAGGCUUCUGCUUGGCGUAUUGGGUUGUCCGCUCGCCCCCAUUCCUCUCUCCAUUGACAUUCAUAAUAAUAUCCCGACUACUAUUCACCGUCCACUCCACUUUAUUAAAGACAUUCCCAUUGAAAGUUCAACGGCGCAUUACAUAAUACAACAAUACCUGGCGGCGACAGGAUGUUUAGAGAAGAAGCAGCAACAGCAGGAGAAGAAGAGUAAUGGUGGUGGUAAUGGUAAUGUUAAUGGAGGAGGAGGAGGAGGAGGCGGAGGAAGAGUAAUAAAGAAUAUGUACACGACAGGGAUGGUGAAGAUGAUAUGUUGCGAGACAGAGAUAUCAUCGUCAUCGUCAUCGGGAGCGUCAGUGAAGAGUUUAGGGAGGAGAAGUGGGGAGAAUGGAUGCUUCGUGCUGUGGCAAAUGAAUCCAGGGAUGUGGUCCCUGGAGCUGGUGUUGGGAGGCGGAAGCGGAAGCGGAAGCGGAAGCGGUCAUCAUCAUAAGGUGAUAGCCGGCAGCGACGGCAAGAUCAUUUGGAGACAUACCCCUUGGCUGGGCACUCAUCUCGCCAAAGGUCCCCAUCGUCCUUUACGUCGUAUCAUCCAGGGACUAGAUCCGAAGAGCACAGCAAGGCUGUUUGAGAAAGCGCAAUGCUUGGGAGAGAAACGAAUAGGGGAGGAUGAUUGCUUCGUGUUGAAAGUAGCCGCAGACCGCGAGGCUGUUAUGGAGAGAAGCGAGGGCCCAGCCGAAGUCAUAAGGCACGUACUCUAUGGCUAUUUCUCCCAAAAGAGUGGCCUUCUCAUCUACAUGGAGGACUCCCACCUCAUCAGAGUAUCUGCAUCGUCUCCAUCUCCAUCUCCAUCUCCAUCUGCAUCUGCAUCUGGAAAUAACACCAACAAUCUCAAUCCCAAUAAUGUGAAUGAGUUUGACGAUGAGGACACCAUGUACUGGGAGACUACAAUAGGGAGUAGCAUCGGAGACUACAGAGACGUGGACGGAGUUUUGAUCGCUCACCAAGGUAGAACCAUCGCCACCGUCUUCCGCUUUGGAGACUUAUCCAUGGCCAUGCAGCCGCAGCAGCAGCCACAACCACAACAACAAGGUGAUCAUAAUCAUCACCAUCAUCAGUACAUGAGCAGGACUAGACUGGAAGAAGUCUGGAGAAUAGACGAUGUCGUCUUCAACGUCCCCGGUCUCUCCCUCGAUUCCUUCAUCCCUCCUGCUGAUAUCUUCCACCACACCACCACCCCUGCCCACACCCCUCUUUUCCAUUCUCCAUGAUAUCAAAUCACAUCAUUAUCAUUUUUCUUGCCACUUAUUAACUGAACUCAACAGAACAACAUUCACUAGCUAACUUUAUACAAUUCUCACAAAACAAAUUCCAUUUCUUAGGUUAACUUAAAUUUGUGUAAUUGCUUUAUUGGAUAACUGAUGAGGUGUGUGUGGAUUGGUAUGCAGUGGGUAUAAUUGUAAUAUUACAUGAUGGUAUCAUUAAUUAAUGAGAAAUUUCAUACUAUGAU